UUCCAGAUGAGUCCCUGAAAAAUAUAAAUAAUGGCUUCAAUUACCAAUAGCAGGUAUCUUACCCUGCUCUUGAGACUCACAAAGAAUGUCACAAGGCCCCAAGUGGCAAGAGUGAGCCAGACUACCAGAGAAUUCACAGAGAAUGACAACAUCUCUCCAAUGGUUGUGAAUCGCAAUCCAAGAAAUUUAGAGAGAUUGAGAAUAGCACAAAAGCCCCGUGGUUGGCAACUAGAAGCAGACCACAAGGAAUUUUGGCACCGCUUGGUAUUGCAAACUUCAGCAAGGCAUUUAACAGCUAAGUUGGAGCACAACAGUGGGAAGACAGUCAUCUUUGCAUCCACUCAGGAAUGGUGCAUCAGGAAAUUCCUAUACACAACAAAUGAUGUCAAUGCCUGGCACAAUCUUGGUCGGGUCUUUGUGCAUCGAUGCCUCCAGGCAGGAUUCCAUGAAUUUCACUGCGAUGUUUCAGAUGAGGAGAGGAAACGCUCACAAAAGGUUGACAGUUUUCUGAAAGCUUUAGAGGAAGGAGGAGUUUCACUGCAGGAACCUCCACGCUACUUCCCAGCUCAAAUGUGGGAUGAGCUGACAGAAGAAAAGCCUUGGGAAAUUCAUGAACAUGAUGUCAAUGACAAGAAACUUGGUCCAGCAGUCCCUGAAUUGAAAAGCCUAUGAUAUUCGAUGCAGCCUGCUACUGGUUUGAAACACUAGUGUUAAAAUGAUCUGGAAGAACCAAGAUGAUAAAACUCACUCAUGAAAUUCUGCGACCGAAGAAAUCGUUCAUUCUCGCUAUCACUGUCCUCAUCUUCAAAAAGAGUCUUGCUGUUGAGUUGAUUGAAGCCAUACUCCCGGCGGCGCUUACGGCAUUCCUUUCUUCCAACGUAGCACAGAAUACAUCCGAAUAACACUCCUAUCAACAGUGCCCCUGUUGGCAAGCAAUCUUCAGUUGACCAAGGUUCCCUUUGGUGUAAAACUUAGUUUUUCUUUGGUAUCAAUACUAUAAAGACUAAAAUAGGGAAUGAGAUGAGGGCAUCUUCAUGUAUGGAAUUAACAGUUUACAGAGAGAUACCAUAAGUGGAUGGUUACAUGAAUGAAUAAAUUGUUUAUUCUAGUA